AUGGCUUCUAUCGCCAGCCGGAUGUCGCUCUUUGAGCCCCCGUCAGUGCCUAGAUCAUCUCAGCAGUGGAAAAUCGCUCUGAAGAAUAUCAAAGCUCUGUAUAUUCAGCGUCAGUACAAACAGUGCGCUGCCCAGGCCACAGAAUUGAUUGGGCAAGCGAGGGAGCCAUUCCAUCCCGUCUAUAUGACAUACCUUUACUUCUACAGCGCUGUCAGCUAUGAGGAGAUGGGGCGGGCCGCUCAUAAGUACUCCAGAACCAAGAUCCCACUGCUCCAAUGUGCGUUGGAUCAUUUCAGCACCUGUGGCACCAUACUGCCCUCUCCUAUUCCUCUCUCGAGCCGACCUUCGGAAGAAUCGAAUUUCCCCUCACUGGGAGAAUGCUCCUCUGAAUUCACGGACAGUCCUUCAACCGUAUCCAGCCUUGUCACGAGCAUUACAGAUAUCAUUGACAAAACUAUACAGUGGCAGGACGAUGACCCGUUUAUCUCAGACUAUGGCUCCUGCGGGGACACAGACAUUGAUGCUACGAGAGCACUCUCUGACGCGGAAACGAACUUUGUACUUAUUCCACCUCCCUUGAGAGUGAACAGGCCUUCUGAGAAGCUGCCCCAACACAUGACGCUAGCCUGUGAUACCGGUCAAGUUACAACUCAUGGCGAGAGACUCGCAAGGACUCACCUGCCUCCCCCUCUUCCGAUUAAGGUCGUUCCCCGUGGAGCCACCAGCGAGCACAAUAGACGGAUAGAUGCACAGCUGAACAAUAGAGAUUCCCGACUGUGCACGGAUAGCUUGCUCAUUGACUUCACUAAGAAACUCACACCUGCAAACCCGCAAUACACAGAUUACAUCAGGAGCUACAAUAGCAGCAUCCGAUUCCUGCGGUCUCAAAUCGACAGCAGUAUUAGUUUAAUACACGCGCUGAUUGAUGAGAUUGAGGAGAAGCAGCAUGCGCGCCAAAUGGCGAAGACGAUCAAGCGAUCGGCAUCUUUUUGGAGUUUUAGCCCAAUCAAAGAUGGCGAAGCACUUGAUGAAAAGAAGGUGAAUAUUCCCAGACGAUCGCCGACCAAAGAGACGAAGCAGCAGCGCAUUGAGCGACUGCGGGCUGAAGGGUGGAAGACGGUAGGACUGCGCUCUGCGAUAAGAGGAUGGAAAGGAGAAGAAUACUACAAGGCCUAUUGCAGUUCUGUUUUGGACGAGCUGUAUCUAGGGGAGUCAUGA